CGAGGCCGGGAUUCCCACAAUACCAGGCGGAGGGGCUCGCUUUCGGUCGGAGCCUUGUGGUCGCGAUCAAAGGCGAAGAAGGAGAAGAAAUGCGGAGGGAUGUAAGAUGGCAGAGCUGCAAAUGCUGCUAGAGGAAGAAAUUCCAGUCGGGAAAAGAGCACUGCUGGAGAGCUACCAGAACUUGACGAGGGUAGCGGAUUACUGUGAAAACAAUUAUGUGCAGGCCCAGGACAAGGGCAAGGCCCUGGAGGAGACCAAGGCGUACACAACCCAGUCGCUGGCCAGCGUCGCCUACCAGAUCAACGCCCUGGCUAACAAUGUGCUGCAGCUGCUGGACAUCCAGGCGUCGCAGCUGCGCAGGAUGGAGUCGUCCAUCAACCACAUCUCCCAGACCGUGGACAUCCACAAGGAGAAGGUGGCCAGGCGGGAGAUUGGCAUCCUGACCACCAACAAGAAUACGUCAAGGACGCACAAGAUCAUUGCCCCAGCCAACAUGGAGCGGCCCGUGAGGUACAUCCGCAAGCCAAUCGACUACACGGUGCUGGACGACGUGGGCCAUGGGGUGAAGUGGCUGAAAGCCAAGCAGGGGAGCAGCCAGCCCCCCAGGGGUGCGGGGACCCUCUCCAGGAGCAAUCCACCCACACAGAAGCCUCCCAGCCCCCCCAUGGCAGGGCGGGGCACUCUCGGACGCAACACGCCAUAUAAGACUUUGGAGCCCGUGAAGCCGCCCACCGUACCCAGCGACUACAUGACGAGCCCUGCCCGUCUGGGCAGCCAGCACAGCCCGGCUCGAACCGCCUCACUCAACCAGAGGCCUAGGACACACAGUGGCAGCAGUGGGGGAAGUGGCAGCCGGGAGAACAGCGGAGGCAGCAGCAACAUAGGUCAACCCAUCGCUGUGCCGACACCCUCCCCUCCCAGCAUAGCUCCAGCGGUUCCUCAGGGACCAGGCCUCGGUCCCAUCCCAAUGUCGCAGUUCGGCACCGUCUCCCGGCAGAUCUCGCGUCACGGCUCUGGCUCCGCAUCCAUUUCCACGGUGUCGGCCACGGGCACGUACCGCCGCGCACCCUCGGUCACGUCACAGUUCACGGUGCCGCAACCGCACAUUAACGGUGGACCUGCCUACCCGCAGAAUUCAAUGUCUGUAGCCCCCCCUCCACCUCCUAUGCCACAGAUGACUCCCCAGAUACCUCUCACAGGCUUUGUGGCCCGGGUGCAGGAGAACAGCCCUGGCCAGGGGCGGGUCAUAAGGGGGCGUGGUUCUGAUCGCCGUGAUUCCCCACACGCUGUUCCAGUAGCAGACAGCCCCACGCCCCCUCCCCCGCCUCCCCCCGACGACGUGCCGAUGUUUGACGACUCUCCGCCGCCGCCCCCGCCGCCGGUCGACUACGAAGACGAGGAGGCCACCUUGGUGCACUACAGCGAUCCCUAUGCUGACGGAGACCCGCACUGGGCCCCCAAGAACUAUCUGGAGAAAGUGGUGGCUAUUUACGACUACACGAAGGACAAGGACGACGAGCUGUCCUUCAUGGAGGGCGCCAUCAUUUAUAUCAUCAAGAAGAACGACGACGGCUGGUUUGAGGGCGUCUGCAACGGCGUCACCGGCCUCUUCCCCGGCAACUAUGUGGAGUCCAUCAUGCACUACGCCGACUGACGAGGAAAGCGCGUAGGCCGCGGAAGGGGAGGCGUGCCGAGAUGUACGGCGGCGUCGCCGCGAAUGAAAACAUGCGUAACCUUCGGUCUUCUGUUCAGUUCCGAAACCUGUAUAUAUAGCGUGAGGUCGUGGCUAGUGCCGUGUGUCCGUUGAUAUCUCGCACCGUUCGCACCAGACAUGAACUCGUCCUGUAAGAUUGCGUUAAAAUCGGGUUUUAAAGUGCGCCUGAGUCACCCCGCUACAAUCCCUUCUGAAAAGGCCAGACUUUUGGGCGCGAAGCACACAUCCAGCUGAUUUUCAUUCAGCCCCGAAUCUGAAAUGUUUCGCUCCACUGCGGCAUGCGUUAAACCAUUUAAAUGGCCCUUUUAAUCCACUACGCUUCCAUUAUUUUGUAAUAUUUACAGUGGGAACUCGGAUUUUUACUGAACGUGCUGAAGACGUCGAUGGUCUCAUUUUAUAAAUUCUAUCGUUUCCUGAAAUGCGUUAUUAUAUAAUAAAAUUUGCGUGGAUUUUGACUUUCGUGUCGCAUUCUGAUAAAGCAAGGCCGGUAUUGCACUGGCUUUUCUCAGUGCUCGCCGUCCCUUGGCCACGUAAAUGUGCCAUUGAUGUCUCUAACAAAGGAAAGCAUCGGCAUUGGACGUUUCAGUGUGUAAAAUAUCGAGUUAGCUCUGCUAAAACCGGUUUAUCGUCCGGCUGAAAUCAUGUAGAUAUAACCCAUACCGUUGAGUCCUCUAAAUGGUCGUAGUUUACUCUGAUGUAAUAUUUAAGCAUGCUGUCCGAACGCGCUGCCGUAUCGAGACGUUCCAUACCAAACACAUGUGGACCAUGCUAACAUGCUGUGUGUGUCGCUGUGUGUGCAAGGGGGGGGGGGCGGGGGGUGCUGGUGGGAUAUUUCACAGUUCAGUCCCAUUGAUGGGUUAGGUUCAUAACUCAGGUUCAGUUAUUUUGUACUCUAUUAUUUUUAACUUUUGUACACCAUGCCAUUACACAUAUCAGUGUAUUUUACUGUAGUGAUUACAUUAGAAUUGAUGUAGUCACUUAUUGUUUAGAUUUUUUUUUGUUCUUUUGCCAAAUUUUAAGCAUCUUUACAUUUCAGACAUUUAGAAACAUGUCUCACUUUGUUCGUAGCUGCUUUAGAUCUUCCGUUCUCUUGCUGAAGGCAAUCUGUCCAAGACACUAACAGUAGCAUCUUCACCUCUACUGUCAAAAUGUCACCAUAUUACAGCUAACUGCGCCUUGAUACUUUUGUCUGUUUUGUUUGUUAAUAUUGAGCGUUAAAGGUAUUCUUGUAUCUUAAAUGUCCUUUGAACGACACCUGAACCCUGUCGCUUAUCUUUAAUUUGUAUAUAUAAUAUGGUAAUUGAAAUGUAUGUACAGUCUUUUAUAAUAAACAUUCGCCUCUAUAUAUGAAAUGAUG